AUGCUGAGCUCCUGGGCGCUGGUGCUGGCGGCUGGGGGGGCCUGCGCCCUCCCCACCCCGGUCCCCUUCACCUACACCCAGGCGCUGGCUCAGGCCGUUGACUCCUUCAACCAGCGCCCCGAGCUGCAGAACGUCUUCAGGCUGCUCAGCGCCAACCCCGAGCCCGGCCCGGACAUCCAGCUCAGCUCCCUGCAGCACCUCAACUUCACCAUCAUGGAGACGCGAUGCCCGGCGCGCUCGGGCGCCCGCCCCGACGCCUGUGAGUUCAAGGAGGACGGGCUCAUCAAGGUCUGCUCCGCGCCCGUGGCCCAGCGUGGCAGCCACCCCGUGCUCGACGUCACCUGCGUGGAUUCCACCGUGGAUCUCAUCCGGGUCAAGCGCUUCUGGCCGCUGCUGACGCUGGCCAUCAAGAUGGUGGCCGCCGGCAUCAACAUCUUCAAGGUCAUCAUAAGGAAAUGA